GCUGCCGCUGUCUGCUCCCGGCCAGUGGCACCAGUGCCUCCCUCCUCUCAGCUCGCCCCCAGCUUCCCCUCCUCUCCCCGUCGCUUUUGUCUGGAGGGUGUUAUGGGCUUGUGUGUGUGUGAGCGUAUGUGUUUUUGGAUUUCAGACUAAUUUUCUGGAGUUUCUGCCCCUGCUCUGCGUCAGCCCUCACGUCACUUCGGCAGCAGUAGCAGAGGCGGCGGCGGCGGCGGCUCCCGGAAUUGGGUUGGAGCAGGAGCCGGGCUCGCAGGCUCUCGCGCUCUCCGCGCUCAGUCCGGCUGCCGCAGGAGCCUGGAGCUGGCGCCGCCGGCUGUGGGGUAGGCGCCGAGCCCGGCCCCGAGGUGCGUCCCGGAUCCCCGAGAGCUGCCCGCGAGAAGCCUGUGCCCCGGAGAGCGCGGGGAGCGGCGCGGGCGGGAGCGGGGCGCUCAGGGCCAUGCAGCGGCGAAGCUCGGAGCAGCGGUAGCGCCCCCUGUGAGCCGCCAGGAGAUGCCCCGGCCACUGUGAGCCGCGCGCCGGCUGGGCUUGGACACGCUCCGCCGCCGCAGACACAGUCCACUCCACGCACCGGUGACCCAGCACACGCAGCGCAAGACACACCGGGGCGGCGUAGGGACACGUCCUCUGGCUGACUGGGGCUGGCACUGACAGCUGGGGAUGUCGUCCUGGACGAGGUGGCAUGGACCUGCCAUGGCGCGGCUCUGGGGCUUCUGCUUGCUAGUUGUGGGCUUCUGGAGGGCAGCUCUCGCCUGCCCCACGUCCUGCAAAUGCACUGUCUCCCGGAUCUGGUGCACUAACCCUUCUCCUGGCAUCGUGGCAUUUCCGAGGUUGGAUAUCGAUGAUUCAGACCCUGAGAACAUCACCGAAAUUUACAUCGCAAAUCAGAAAAGGUUAGAAAUCAUCAAUGAAGAUGAUGUUGAAGAUUACAUGGGGCUGAGAAAUCUGACAAUUGUGGAUUCUGGAUUAAAAUUUGUGGCUCAUAGAGCAUUUCUGAGAAACACUGAUUUACAACACAUCAAUUUUACCCGAAAUAAACUGACAAAUUUACCGAGGAAACAUUUCCGUCACCUUGACUUGUCUGAACUGAUCGUGGCAGGCAACCCAUUUACAUGCUCCUGUGAAAUUAUGUGGAUCAAGACUCUUCAGGAAACUAAAGCCAACCCAGAAACUCAGGAUUUAUACUGCCUAAAUGAAAACAGCAAGAAUAUUCCCCUGAUGAGCCUGCAGAUACCCCACUGUGGUAUGCCAUCAGCAAGUUUGGCUGCGCCUAACCUUACUGUGGAGGAAGGAAAGUCUGUCACCUUGUCUUGUAGUGUUGCAGGCGAUCCAUUUCCAAAUUUGUACUGGGAUGUUGGUAAUCUGGUUUCCAAACACAUGAAUGAAACAAGCCACACAAAGAGCAUCUUAAGGAUAACUAACAUUUCAUCUGAUGACAGUGGAAAGCAAAUCUCUUGUGUGGCAGAAAAUCUUGUAGGAGAAGAUCAAGAGUCUGUCAACCUCACUGUACAUUUUGCUCCAACUAUCACAUUUCUCGAAUCUCCAACCUCAGACCAUCAUUGGUGCAUUCCAUUCACUGUGAAAGGCAACCCCAAGCCAGCGCUUCAGUGGUUCUAUAAUGGGGCAAUAUUGAAUGAGUCCAAAUACAUCUGUACUAAAAUCCAUGUUACCAAUCACACGGAAUACCAUGGCUGCCUCCAGCUGGAUAAUCCCACUCACAUGAACAAUGGAGACUACAAGCUAGUAGCCAAGAAUGAGUAUGGAAAGGAUGAGAAACAGAUUUCUGCUCAUUUCAUGGGCUGGCCUGGUGCAAGCAUAAAUUAUCCUGAUGUAAUUUAUGAAGAUGAUUAUGGCACUGCAGCAAAUGACAUCGGGGACACCACGAAUAGAAGUAGUGAGAUCCCUACCACAGGCAUUGCUGACAAAGCAGGUCGUGAACACCUCUCGGUCUAUGCUGUGGUGGUAAUUGCAUCUGUGGUGGGAUUCUGUCUGCUUGUAAUGCUGUUUCUGCUGAAGCUGGCAAGACAUUCCAAGUUUGGCAUGAAAGGCCCAGCUUCAGUUAUCAGCAAUGAUGAUGACUCUGCCAGCCCACUUCACCAUAUCUCUAAUGGAAGUAACACCCCAUCAUCUUCGGAGGGUGGUCCUGAUGCUGUCAUUAUUGGAAUGACCAAGAUCCCUGUUAUUGAAAAUCCCCAAUACUUUGGCAUUACCAACAGUCAACUCAAGCCAGACACGUUUGUCCAGCACAUCAAGCGACAUAACAUUGUUCUGAAGAGGGAGCUAGGUGAAGGAGCCUUUGGGAAAGUCUUCCUAGCAGAGUGCUAUAACCUCUGUCCAGAGCAGGACAAGAUCUUGGUGGCAGUGAAGACACUGAAGGAUGCCAGUGACAAUGCACGCAAGGACUUUCACCGAGAGGCCGAGCUACUGACCAACCUCCAGCAUGAGCACAUUGUCAAGUUCUAUGGCGUUUGUGUGGAAGGGGACCCGCUCAUCAUGGUCUUUGAGUAUAUGAAGCAUGGGGACCUCAACAAGUUCCUCAGGGCGCACGGACCUGACGCUGUGCUGAUGGCCGAAGGCAACCCGCCCACCGAGCUGACCCAGUCUCAGAUGCUGCACAUCGCCCAGCAGAUCGCCGCGGGCAUGGUCUACCUGGCAUCCCAGCACUUCGUGCACCGAGACCUGGCGACCCGGAACUGCCUGGUUGGCGAGAACCUUCUGGUAAAAAUCGGGGACUUCGGCAUGUCCCGGGACGUGUACAGCACUGACUACUACAGAGUCGGAGGCCAUACAAUGCUGCCCAUUCGCUGGAUGCCUCCAGAGAGCAUCAUGUACAGGAAGUUCACCACCGAGAGUGACGUCUGGAGCCUGGGGGUCGUGUUGUGGGAGAUCUUCACAUAUGGCAAACAGCCUUGGUACCAGCUGUCAAACAAUGAGGUGAUAGAAUGCAUCACUCAGGGCCGAGUCUUGCAGCGACCUCGUACGUGCCCCCAGGAGGUUUAUGAGCUGAUGCUGGGAUGCUGGCAGCGGGAGCCACACAUGAGGAAGAACAUCAAGGGCAUCCACACCCUCCUUCAGAACUUGGCCAAGGCAUCUCCGGUCUACCUGGAUAUUCUAGGCUAGGACCCUUGCACCCCAGACCAAUCCUUCCCAAAGCACCUCCUCAGAUAGCCGAAAGGAUGAAAGUCUUAUAACUGCCGCCGGAUGCCACCAAUCUGCUGUUCUUCACACUGAUGGUAUUAACAGCAAAGACACUGAGAAGUUUUCAGAGGGAAGCAAUGUGUACUUCUCUAUCCGUAGAUACAGUGUGGCUUUCUUUUUUGGCAUUCUCUCUCUCUUUCCAUCUCCCUCGGCUUCUUACUUUGUUUUUGUCUUUUUUUUCUUUCUGGGUUUGGUUUGCUUUGGAUUUUGAGUCUUUCUGCUUCACAGUCCCAGUCCUUCCUUCCUUCCUUCCUUCCUUCCUUCCUUCCUUUCUUUCUUUCUUUCUUUCUUUCUUUCUUUCUUUCUUUCUUUCUUUCUUUCUUUUUUGAACCAAUCCAGCUUCUGCAUUACUAUUAACUCUGCAUAGACAAAGGCCUUAACAAACCUAAUUUGUUAUAUCAGCAGACUCUCCAGUUUGCCCACCACAACUAACAAUGCCUUGUUGUAUUCCUGCCUUUGAUGUGGAUGAAAAAAAGGGAAAACCAACAUUUGACUUAAACUUUGUCACUUCUGCUGUACAGACAUUGAGAGUUUCUAUGGAUUCACUUCUAUUUAUUUAUUCUUAUUGCUGUUUUUCUUGUUUUUGGAUGGCUUCAGCCUGGGUGUGAAGAAGGAAAACUUUGUGUGCAAUCUGGAAAGCCUUUAUGCAUGGGAGAUUAAGCCAGAGAGAAAGAAGAUGUGUCAUAAACCACACUAUGGGAGGAACAAAGACAACCAUUGGGAUCAGCUGGUGUCAGUCCUUACUUAGGAAAACCCCAGCGUCUGUCAGCUGGGAGGAAUGUAUUCGGCACCUUCCCAAGAGGACCUUUCUGAGGAGUUAAAAAACAAACAAACAACAACAACAACAAAAACCAGACUGUUGAACUCUGUGCCAUGGACUAUUCUCUUCCCAACACCAGAAACACUGGAAUCUAGUAAAGAGAAAAGGCGGCUUCAGUGACAUAAGAUGGCGCAUCACAGACCUGCCUCAGUCUUGUCUUGCUUUGCAGGUUGUGGUGAUAGUACUAAUGCGUUUUCCAAGCAUUAUUCACUGAGUCAUUGUCAAGGUCAGGUGGAUUCAUGUGCGGAGAGCAAUUCAGAGUCAGGUGGGAAAGCCGAGGACUAGAAAAAGUAUUAACUAUAGAUUCGGAGGGAAGUUUCUCUUAAUAUCAAAAUUUUCAGCGAGCACCUCCCUCUGGCCCCUUCCCUCCAUUCAGCCCAUCCUUUUAACUGUGCAAGCAAAAUUAUGCAUGGUCUUUGUCGACUUAAUAACUUAUGUGCAGAAACUACCACUCCAGACAUCGUGCCCCUGAUAGCUAGAGCAGACUUGAAAAAGGCCUAACUAACAUUUAUUAUUAGGAGAAGAAGCUAAUGGAGCUCAUUAGCUGAGUAUAAAUGUCAUGGGGUUGUUUGGUGGUGAUUGGUUUGUAUUGAAUAUGGACCCUGAAGCCUGGAUGGCCUCAUCCACAUGGAACCCACUGUAUGACUGUGGGAAGGGCAGUCUCUCUCCCAAAGGGGAAGGAAGCCUCCCCGUGGGUGGGCCUUUAAUGCUUUGAUAUGCAGUGUACACAGACCAAGACUGUGCUCUGCCUCUGGUUGGGAGAGUGGUUUCAUCCCAAGUGUACUCCGUUGUCAGAAUUUUUCUUUCUUUCUUUCUCUCUUUCUUUCUCUCCUUCUUUUUGUUAUUUUGUUUGUUUCCUUCACUCCAUUCAAAGAAGUAAAAAGGGGAGAAGUGGGCACAGCAUGCCAUUAGGAGAUUAUGUUCACACCAAGCUUUGGAGAUGUGCUUCUGGGCAUAGUCCUGGUUAUUGUGAAAAGAGGUUAUAAAUUUAAAUCGAAAUUUGCAGCUAUUUGGAUGAUCAGUUAUACCAAGGAAGAAAAGUAUUUCUGUUCCUCAAGAGAACUUGCUACCCUCUGUGAGGGGAAUAUUGCUAACUUGACAUCUUUAUCACAUGAGCCAGAUUGAUAAGGAGUGACUUUAGUUCACCAUAGGUCAUUUAUAUUCAUAUUUAUUUCUGAAGGUGCAAUCAAUCCCCUGUUUAGAGUUUUGCUUGUGCCCUUAAUUACCUUGUUUUCUAUUAUUAGGCUUUGGAAACCAGUUCUCAAAAAAAAAAUGUGUUGAUUCACAGAGAACAAAAAGAGGUACAAUAAUAUGAGGUCAAGAGAAGGGGAAGUGGCCAAGACAAGCCCUGUAAUUCCUUCAUGUUCUGUGCGUUGCCUAGGAAACAGAGGGGUUAAGUGGUUUGUCCUCUUUGCUAGUGAAAAAAACAACCCCUCCAGAAUAUACAUAAUAAUAUAACGAAAGCCAUAUCUCCAUGAUAUAUAUGCACUUGCACGUAUAUAUCCUAUUAAGGACCCACGGUACUGUUAACACUGUGGCAUUCUGAAGCCAGAAAGAAGGGGGCAGAUUUGUACAAAACUUUUCUAGAUUCCAUCAGCGAUGAGCCCAAAAGCCUAAGGGAUCAAAUUCAAAGAGGGCUGUGCAGUUCUAAAGCAGGGAUUUGUUGAAGGCACGUGACAAGAUGGGAGCACUCCACUCAUUCUAGUUUUGUGUUUUUUCCUCUGAAGGGAAAAAAAAAAUGUUGUUUUUACCUUCUGAUAAGUCCCUCCAGGUCUUGAAAUGAAAGGUUCUAUGCAAGUACAAAGUUUUAUAGUUAUUUAUAUUGAUGAUUCUUAUUUUUCUCUGUUGUCUCAAGAGUAUGUGCUGGUUUCAGAGAUGUCUUGCAUUGAAAAAGUACCCGAUGGAUUAUUUGUAAAAGGAGAUGAAUGAUCCACAGACUAUCCUAGAAUACUCACCAUGGUUCCUCCACCAUCCCCUCUUCUCAGACUCUCCUCAUUUUUAGAAAAGGGGCCUCCCCUUUCUAAACUGUAGUGGUCACAGAAUACAGCCUGCCAUCAAAUGUGUGUUAAAAGCUACAACAGGAGUAGUACUAAGCUUAAUCCUGUAGCCCUAACAUUUCUACUUGUCUGGUUGUCUUGUAGCUUCCCAAACACUUUUCACACAUGGUAGCCAAUUAUUCCCACUUCUUUCUAGGUGAAGAAUUCAAGACUUGGAGAAGUUCAACAGCAUGCUAAAAAAUAAAAAAUAAAGAUAAAUAAAUAAAUAAAAUAAUAAGAGAGAAAACAUCUCCAGGCUGGUUUCCUGGCACCACUGGGACUGAACCCUAAGUCCUCUGAGUCUAAAGUUCAUGAUUCUGUUCACAGAGACUCUAGUUAGAGAACACAGUGAGAUACAGGAGAUGACAAGAAGCUGAGAUAUCAUGAUAUAUAAUGCUCGUAGCUUCAGCUAAACCCUUGUGCACUGAACCAAUGUCAUCAUAGGGCUUAUUUAGGAAACUUUUUGGACUGUGCUAUAAAGGAUCAUAUCAGAAUUCAUAUUACAUGCUUACAUUCACAUCAGCGCUACCUGUGGUAUUUUCAUGUUAUUUAUAUGUGCAUUAUAAAUGCUUGAUUUAUACAUUUACAAACACGCACUCAUACUGUGUUUGUGUGUUUAUGUAUAAAUGUGUAGGCACACUGUUAUAAAGAUCAUUAUAAGUAGGGUGCAGUAGGAAUAAUUUGCUUAAAAUCUGCUAAAUAACCAAAACUUUAUAAUGUCAUGUUGCUGUUAGUGCCCCCAUUCUCCAUGUGGGUAGACUACGUCACACUUUCAACUCUAUGCAGCUCUGCAUGGGUGGAAGGCAUACUGAAGAUGAUGUGCUUGCCAAAACAACUGAAUCAAAGCCAUCCCACUACAUCAAGUCCUCUCUCUGGCUCCUUGCAAAGGAAAAUGCAUACUGAAAUAGAUCUCCUUAUGUAAAGGUCCAGUAAAAAGAAAAUUGUUUUUGAAAUCAUGUGCACGUUUGUAUGAGGCUCAUCUUGUCCUACUGUGACACCCCACACACACCCCUCACCCCACCCCCAUGUUCAGAGGCCAGGCAAUUCAGGAGAGAGCUGAAAUGUUGGGGAGUUUUGAAGAUGAGUGGUAGGAAGUCUAAGAUUCCACUAAAAGGUAAGUGAUUCUAAGGGAUCCUCACACAUGAGUGUGAAUCCAAGCAAGUGACAACAAGUGUAAACUGCUGUCCUUUGCAAAGACUCAAGAUAACAGGACAGGAGUUUUUAUUUUUUAUUUUCUUUCUUCGUUUUCUUCUCUUUGCUCUUCUCCCCUUUCUUCCUUCAUUCCUCUCCUGCUCUCUUCUUCCUGUCCUUCCUUCCUUUCGUUCUUUUUUUUUUCUUUUUCCAUUGGACCUUCUAUAAUGCUAGUGAUACUAGAUGAUACAGCUACUCAAAUAUAUGUAUACCACAUACCCUCAAUUCUGCUGCUCUCCUCCCACUUGAGAACUUUAACUUUCCGUGUUGAGUUUGGUCCGUCCCUAUUAACAUUGCAUCAGAUGAUAACCAGUGGGAUAACCAGUGACCUCUCUGCCCAAACAGCUGACCAGUAAACAUGCUUUAGGAAUGCAGAUACUUGGAGGUUCUGAUAGUAAGUGCUUUUUAUUCUAAGGAAUUCAGGGUGGGAUGGAUUUGUAGCUUAUAUAGAGUACACGACGAUUGUCAGGGCUGGAAUGAAUCACUGAGACUCAAGGCAAAGUUUCUCAAAUACUCUUAGUUUUUGCAUUUCCCCCUUCUUUACCUUUAUCCUUUAUUUAUUUAUUUAUUUAUUUGUAUGUAUAUAUAGAAAUAGAUAUCUUUUGCUCCAUUUAUUAUGAACACAAAGUAAAGCAAAAAAUAUAUUUGUCGUAUACAUGUUGCAGGCAAACACUGUGAAUUUCACAACAGCAACCAAGCAACUAUUUUGCCAUCUUAACUUACGUCUCAGGAGACGAAACGGGAAAAACAUGGGGAUGUCAUUUUUUAAAUUAAUUUAUUUAUUUUUAGUCUUUGCAUUCUAGGUCAGGUCCAUGUUUGUUUUCUUUCUUUGGUGUGUGUGCUAGUUAAAAUGAAUGUGAGUGAAGGUUGAUUGAAUGGUCAACGUAAUCAAAGUUGUUGUCAUCCACUUGUUCGAGCUGGGGGGAAAAAAAGGUGGGAGAAAAUGAAAGGAGAUGUAAAGACAGGCCUACAUCUUGCAGCUUGUAUAUCUUACUAUUGCUUUAAAAAAUGCAUACAACAGCGGAAAGUGUUUUAAAUACAAGGUCUUUCAGUUAAAUGUGGAUUUUUAAAUACGUAAACCCUUGACAAAAAAAAAAAUCAUAUAUGGUGAAAUACUGCUCCUUGCACUCACUGAUCAUUACCUAUCACUUACAAAUCUGCCUAGAGAUGUGGCCAUUCUCUGCAUUUGCUUCUGAUACAUGGAGAGAUGUUUGUACAUAUCCGGGCCGUAUACUUACACAUAUUUCAAUAUCUCUCUGAAGAUAUAUUGCCCCUUAAAUUGUGACCUGGUAUUUGGAACUCUCUACCAUUCUAUUUGCUUUCUCUUCCUUUUAAUGUGACGUCUCUGUGCUGAUACUUACCGGUUCUUGUUUUGCAAUGUUUUAAGGUCUAUUGCUUUACUAAGACCCUCUGCAUCUUGGCUGAUUUCAAAGUGACACCAGAAUAUCAGUGUUAAAAAAACAAAAACAAAAAAAAAAAGUUUUGUUUGUAAAUCAUGUGACCAGCUUCUCUCAACCUGACAUGGAAAGUCUCUUGUACUACAGUGUAUUUAAUAAAAAUGAUGUCUUAUAAUAAAUACAUCCUCAAAAAUGCAAGACUAAA